AUGUCCACCCCGGUCCUGCGGCUUGGCAUCUUGGGCGCCUCCCAGACCGCCGAGUCCAUCCACCUGCCAGCUCUCCACGCCCUCUUCACUCGUUUCAGCCUUACUAUCCUCCACGAUGCCUCCACCGAUUCUCUCAACCGCUGCCAGAAGCGUUUCAACUUCAAGGAGAUCACUACAUCCACCUCCGACGUCAUAAACCAUCCAGACGUCGACCUCGUUCUGAACCUCCUCCCUUCGAAUAUCAUGAGCAACACACCAUCGCGGCCCUCGAAGCCGGUCCCACUGACUUUAAGCAUCGAUGGCCUCCGACGCAUCCGCGCCGCUACCAAAAAAGGCACUGCCAACUCCCGCUUCGAAGGCGGCCCAAAAGUCUUCGUCGGAUGCGCGCGUCGCUACGCCCCCUGCUUCACAGAGAACUUUAAGAAAGAACUCGCCUCUCUAGACCGGAUCUACUACGCGCGAUGCCGGAACAUCGCCGGUCCCUUACCAUCUUCCCUCAAUCCGUCCACUAGUGACACCAUAAGCAUCAACGGCAACGGCAACGGCAUCAGUAACGCCUUCGAUCUGAGCUUGAAUCUAAAUGGAAACACCAACGGAAGCACCAACGGCUCUCUAGCCGUUCCCAACACUAUCAUCAACACAACCAAAUUCCACACCCUACUCACCGACAUCUUCGGAAACACAGACGACCUCACUUCCGACCGAAUCGCCUUCGCCCGUUUCCUCGGCACAACAGGCUCACACGAUCUCUCCCUCGUCCGAGAAUCAUUCGGCUACCCCGAUGCUGUUGCCAACAUCUCAAUCACCGAUCCCUUCUACAGCGCCAUGUUCCACUACACCGACACCGCGAGGGACGAGCAUCCUUUCACAAUGAUCUACGAAGCUGGUAUCGACGCUGUUCCACGUUGUGACUCUCACCUCACUGUCUACGGCGCAGGCAAGACGAUUAGCCUGGAAUACGACUUCCCCUGUCCUUCUGGAUCUGGCGAGGGCGCUAUGCGGGUUAUUGUCGAGGAGGCGGAGACUCCUGAAUCAAAAGCCAAUGGUUCCACUGCGAAUGGAAAUGGCACAAAUGGAGCCGGCUCCGUCACAAAACCUCAAGUCAAGAGAACUGUUCACACAAGCACCGUUGCCGAAGCAUACGAACGACAGUUUGAGGAUAUGUACUCCUUUUUCACUGGAAAUGUGACUGCGAAAACAGAUACAGCCGAUGCCUUGAAUGAUCUCAAGCUCGUGCGCAUGAUCUUCGAACACUACGAUCGACAGUGUGGUACUAUCCGGACACCGCUGGGUUAA